AUGUCGACAUCUUUUGCACACAUAAGGAACAAAUUGCUUUCCCUGCAAAGCCAGAUUGCGGCGAAACUAUCACGAUACUCGGCAAUUGCAUCCACACCGGGCCCAGUAGCUUCAGAAGAUGAAGAAGAUACUGCUAAACGUAUUGAAAAGCUUCUUCAAGAGAUGAGGGACGAAAUAGCAUCAAUGGACAGGAUAGCAGAGUCAACAGAGUCGAUUUCAACGUCAAAACUUCAACAGCUUGCAAGGCAUAAGGUGAAUUUGAACCAGUUUAGGGUGGAUUUCGAGCGUAUUAACUCCACAAUUCAGGAAGAAAGAAAUCGUUUAAACCUUCUUUCUGAUGUCAGAACCGAGCUCAAGGACAGAAGCGAUAGGGCAAGGAGAGAGGGCCCUGCCGACACUCAGAAUUACAUGUUGGAUGAGAGAAUGCGAAUCAAUCAGGAGCAUGGAGUUGUUGAUAAGCUCGUAAAUCAAGUAUUACAGACCAGGGAUGAGAUAUUAAGGCAGAGGGGCACGUUCAGAAGCAUGGGAUCCAGACUACAGCAAUCCCUCGGGACCAUGCCGGGUAUAAAUGUGCUAAUGAGUCGGAUUAACACGCGGAAAAAGCGCAAUGCAUUAGUUUUGUCCGUUGUGAUAGUUCUCUGUAUAAUAGCGUUAUGGUUUCUUUCUUAG